CUUGCUAAGGGACAGAAAUGUCCUCUUCAGUCGUUGUUUCACCCGUCACCCUCUCAAAGUUUGCUCACUCCGACGUUCCAAAACCCAAUGCUCUCGUGCUGGACGAUGUCAACGUCGUCGAUCCUGUCCGCCGUCGUUUCUCCCCUAAACCCGGCCUUUUCUCCCGCCUACGCGACCGUACUUCAAAGAGGUCCCUGAGGAAAGAAGCACAAGACUCUCCAAAAGACUUAGAAGACGUAUCCGAGCCAGCAGCACAGGCAUUCGACGAUACCGACUCGAUCCAUCUCAACAGCUCACUGUCGCUAGUUCCUGAGAGCGACAGGGAUCACUACGAAUGGGCAGUGGUCUACGAGAAUCAAAGAGGCAUCACUAUCUUCUCCACUCCUUAUUACUCCAGUCAGUCACUUCUCCCAAUCGACCCAUCCCCCUUUACCCUCCCAAACGCGUCCAAACGUCGUUCAGAACAACCACCUAUCACUCUCGACAACUAUCCAUUGCCUGACGGAAACUGGCGCUGGGUCUCCAGAUGCUGGAUGAUUGACAUGCGCUCCGAUUCUGGUGAAGUCCAGCAUGACGGCUUCGAAUACAAUUGGAUUUUCCGCAAACACAAUUGGCGGGCCGAAGUGGGGGCAUUUAGUGCAGGAGGUUGGGUGCGGCGCCGUCGCUGGAUACGCCUCAUGGUCAGAUCCAGUGGUAAACCUCAUCGACACGAUGUCGACCACGACCAUUCCAGCACGCCCUCCUCCCAUCAAACGUCUUCCCAGAAAGCGCGACACCGGCAAUCUGUGGGCUCCUCAUUGCUGCCAACAUCUGUCCUCUCCGCCUCAACUACGGUCUCAAGCCGUUGGAAAGACAUGAAUCCAGAUGAUGUCUGGUUGGGUGACAGCAUAGAGGCAGAUUGGGAACGCUGCCACCAAUUUAUGAAACGUUUUGGUCGCGAUGGCCGCAAACUCGAAGUGUGGCGGCUGUGGCUGGGCUACUACCACCCAGAAUAUAAAGAUCAAUUCACCGUCGAAGACGCCAAGGGCAAACGGCGCGAAAAGCAAUGGACUGAGGAUGAAGGUCCUCUUCCUUCGGAAAUGGCUGCUCUAGAAAUGUUCUCUAAAGAUAGCGUCGCGCUGGCCCCCAGAGAAUAUCUCAUUCCAGUCCUGCGGAAAUAUGGGCAACGUAUUCUGCGGUCGUUUAUUUAUCCAGACUCUCGCGCAGAGUUCCUAAAGCUGUUGGCGCUAGCGGAUCUCCUUCAAGAAUUGGAUAUUCCAUUUGGAAAAGCGCUCGAGACUGCGGAACUUGAUUUCUACAGUUAUGCGAACACAUUGCAGAAGAAGGGAAUCCCUACAAAGUGA